AAUCAGUUACUAGUAACAUCAUAGUUUAGAUCAAGGAAGAGGAAGGGGCAUUUCAACUUUCCCUUCAUAGAACAACCACUCCACUUUUCUUCAAUUUCGCUGCUUCUUCUAUGAGACAAUGAAGAGAGCAAGGCAUAAACACAAUUACUAUGAAAACAAAGACAGACUCAGUGACCUGCCCAAUUGCCUUUUACUCCACAUACUCUCCUUUUUGAAUGCCAAGCGAGUGGUUCAGACUUGCAUCCUCUCCAAGAGAUGGAAGAAUAUUUGGAAGUCUCUUCACGUCCUUAGAUUAAGUUCUUCAAACUUUAAAACAGUCCGGGGUGCUUCUAGCGUCGAGGCUGUUCAAAAUUUCAACAAAUUCAUGUCUAAUAUUUUAUCUCUCCGGGAUUACUCAGCCUCACUCCAUACUCUUGAUGUUCACCGCUAUGCAAUUAGGAAACCUCGCCAACUCAAAUGGAUUAUAAAAUACGCUGUUUCACACAAUGUCCAGCAUUUAAAUAUCUAUCUCAAAUGUCAUUUUCAACAAUUUCCGCCUUGCUUAUUUUCAUCUCGCACUUUAACCUCUCUUAAAAUUUCUGUUUUCCGCUCUAGAUUGUAUCAUAUGCGAGCGUUUUUCCCUAAUUCUCUAAAUUUGCCAGCAUUAACCACCUUGUCUCUACAGUCAUUCACCUUUCUUGUUGGCGAUGAUGGAUGCACCGAGCCUUUUUCUGCGUUAAAGAAGUUGAACAGUUUGAUCAUUGACAAAUGUGAAGUUCUUGAUUCACAAAACCUUUGCAUAUCAAGUACCACACUUGUCAAUUUAACGAUAAUCAUGAGUUAUAGGGAACAUAGGUCCUACUUUGGAUUUGAGCUAUCUGCACCAAGUCUUUGUACCUUUAAUUUUAGUGGUCUUCCUCUUCAGAAACUCUGUCGGAGCAAUGGCAAUCUCUCCACGGUCAAGCAUGUAAGUAUUGAUGUCGAUUAUUGGGUUCUUGCGGCUGAUACUCCUUUGGUUCUACUCAACUGGUUGGUGGAGCUUGCUAAUAUCAAAUCAUUGACAGUUACUUCAACCACUCUUAAGGUUCUUUCUCUUGUUCCCGAUCUAUUGAAGUUUGAGUUCUCUUCCUUAUGUAACUUGAAGUCACUGAAAGUAAAAAGGAAAUAUCCUUCCUCAGUACCUGAUGGAUUGGUGGACUUUUUGCUUCAAAACACACCCUUGGUGGAGGUUGACAUAGUAGAUUGA